AUGCAUGUUACUUUUCGUUUGACUGCUUUCAUAUGGGUUAUCAGUCAUCUUUCGACAUCUCGUGCAAAUGAUUUCAACAGUAGUGAGAAUCAAACAUCGGUACCAUAUAGAGGCUAUUUGUUCUUCGAGAUUCAUACGGCAAAUGAAAGAAAUGCUGGUACAGAUUCAAAUAUCUAUGUAAGUGUUGUUGGAACGAAAAGAAAUCUAACUCGCCACGCACUGAGAAGUCUUGGACCAACAAUGAAUGCAUUCGAACGAAAUCAAGUCGACGUAUGUAUGAUCUAUACAAAUGUGAAGUUUGAUGAAACCGAGAAUGCUAUUCGUGGUAUUGAACUUAUUAACGAUGGAAAGUGGAGUGGUUCUUCUUGGAAACCAAGUUGUAUCUAUCUUAGUACGAUAGAUCGUGCUCAAACUAACGAUCGAUGGAUUAGUUCUGACAAUCCUGUUUUUAUUUCCUUUACUGAAUCUAAUAAAACAGUGUGUUAUGAAUGA